AGUGGUUAAUUCAGAACAGUGAAACUUUUCAAGUGUCUUCAUUUGUGCCACAGAUUCGUGGGUGCUUGUAAUGUCCUGGGAGAUCAGGAGUUAAAAGCUGUUUAGAAGUUAAUGUGCUCUAAGGGUAUAAAAGAAGCCUCCAUGGCUUUAGUUCCUAAACUCAUGUUUGGAAAUGCACUGUAUCUGUCCUAGGAAAGCUCUUCUUAGGAGACAAACUUCUUGCAUGUUCAAUGAGCACUUCUUAGAGCUGCUGAAAAGCAUGACUUCCUCUUCUGUUGUUUGUAAACCUCCGGUAAGACGGGUUGCUAUCUUCGGGGGAACUCAUGGCAAUGAGUUAUCAGGGGUGUUUCUGAUCAAGCACUGGCAAGAGAAUGGAGCUGAGAUUCAAAGAACAGGAAUGGAAGUGAAACCAUUUCUUACCAACCCAAGAGCUGUGAAGAAGUGUACUAGAUACAUUGACUGUGAUCUGAACCGUGUUUUUGACUUUGAUAAUCUUGGCAGGCCAGUGGUGGAAGAUAUUCCAUAUGAAGUGAGAAGGGCUCAGGAAAUCAAUCAUAUAUUUGGUCCCAAAGGUAGUGAUGAUGCGUAUGACCUUAUUUUUGACCUUCACAACACCACUUCUAACAUGGGUGGUACCCUUAUCCUUGAAAACUCCAGGGAUGACUUUACAAUUCAAAUGUUGCAUUAUAUCAAGAAUGCUUUGGCUCCAGAACACUGUCCUGUUUUGCUGAUUGAACAUCCUAGCUUGAAAUACGCAACAACUCGAUCUGUAGCAAAACAUCCUGUUGGUGUGGAGGUGGGUCCCCAGCCACAAGGUGUUGUUAGAGCUGAUAUUUUGGACAAAAUGAGGAAGAUUGUAAAACAUGGCCUUGAUUUUGUGCAACUUUUUAAUGAAGGAAAGGAAUUUCCACCAUGUACAAUCGAGGUUUUUAAAAUAAUGGAGAAAGUAGAUUAUCCCAGGAAUAAGAAUGAUGAAGUUAUUGCUAUUAUUCACCCUAAACUUCAGGAUCAAGACUGGCAGCCACUGAACAACGGUGAUCCUCUAUUUUUGACUCUUGAUGGAGAAGUAAUUGCAUAUAAAGAGAACUGUACAGUCUAUCCAACAUUUAUUAAUGAAGCUGCUUAUUACGAAAAGAAACAAGCUUUUGUAAAAACAGUAAAAAUUAAACUCACUGCAAAACACAUCAGAUCCUCAGCCUUAGACCACAGCACUUCCUAAAAGCUCAUCAUGGAUUUUCCGUGCAAAAAGUGGAUUUCCUCUCUGAAAUCCAGUGACAAUUAGUAGUCACUGGUGGAAUAACAAAUGCAGAAUCUAAUUUUUAAUCAUAAUUUAAUUAACAUUGCUGAGCACUUUAAAGAGGAAACAUACUGUCAUAAUGGUAAUUAUGACUACUGGUCACUUGUUCUAAUAGAUCACUAUAGAUGCAAAGAAUAAAUAUUUUUAUGACGUUUAUUAGUUCACACACUACCACAUACUGGUUAGUGACUAUAAAACUUACAUCCAUCAUCCUCUAGAAAGAUGCUGAUCCACAGAACUGUGUUAUAUAAAAAAAAAUCUACAGCAUUUCUGCAUUAUCACCUGAAGCCUCCAAUAACCCAAGUUUUUUAAAUGAGGUGAUCCUUGAAAUGAAUUCCUUAGGUAAACAUACAAAAUAUGAGACAAAGGAAAAGCCAGGGAGAGAAAAACAGAGUGAGGGGAUGUAUAUCAAAAUUCUUUUCUAUUAUGUGCAUGUGGGACUAACCCCUGCUGUACUGAAGUUGAAGCCUUAGGGUUUGUUUUUUAUUUUUAUACUUACAAAGAUAAAAAUAAGCUAAAAACAUACGAUUUCUGAAAAGCAUACAUUUAGAUGACAUUUAAAGCUUUUUAAUUUUUAAGUAUUAUAAGAUUAAUUCAAGCUGUUUCUGAUUUAACAUUAAAGAUAAAAAGGUUUUAAUUUAGGAGGUAUCUACCAGCUACAAACAUACUGGAACAAUAUUUAAAUUCAGGAAAAAGAUGUGCUUAUCCUAUGAAACUUUCAAAGAAAAUUUCUACUGCAAUGGAGAAAAGAUGUUUCACAGAUUUGUAACUUUACAGCUGAAUCCACCUACUGCUGACAACAUUUGCCAAAUCAGAUUUUAAUCAACUGUUGUGACCCCAAAGUUUUCAGUGAAGGUGGCAAGGUUAGGUGAUUACUCAGGUUUUAAUAAAGAGCAAUGCACACAUCAUACCUGAGUAUUUCAGAAUGGAAAUUGGGAAGAAUUCCAUAUGGGGAGACUUCUCAGAGUUUUGAGACUGAUUUGAUCUAGAGCUGUAGAGAGAAAGCCUGUCAUAGUAGCUGAAAAAGAGAAGAAAAUGGGAGAUUUAAUUACUUUCCUAAAGUUGUUUUUAACAUAACUGAGGCUAGAGAAAACAUCAGGAACUUUGCAUAAUGAUACAGUAAUUGACUAUUUACUGAAAGAUUCAUUGUCUAGAUGACCCCCAAAUUGUAUCUUCCUUACUACUAAAUUUAAAGCAUUUUUUCUUUGCUUUAUGUAAGUUCUAUGACAAUAAAACAGAAACACGGGACAAUGGUUUUUUAAUUACAAGUUUAAUUUAAAUAAACAUUGUAUAAAAAGUACAGAA